GCAUUCAUUUCUUCGCUUGUCGUCUUCGAAAGCCAACCUCCUCCCCAUCAUAUCAUGUGCUGCCCCCCCACCUUCAUCUUCCUCCCUUUAACCACCCCUCUUCAUCCAUCGCCACCACCGUCGCCCUCCCCUUCCUGACCUCCUCAAUCUCGACUUCCGCCGGCCGACCGACCCUUGAGCCUCUUCUGGGUCUUCGGUUUCGGAGGCCGGGAGCGAGGCCGAAGAUGAAGCGCCCCCUCGCCGGCGGCGACGACGACGCCGACGCCAAGAUGAAGAAGAAGCUCCGGCCCGACCAGGAGGAGGAGGAGGGCCCCCCCGAGGAGGGCGGCGGCGGCGGUGCGGCCCCGCCGGCCGGGUUCGCCCACCUCGACGAGGACCUGCUGUUCGAGGUGCUCAAGCACGCGGACGCCCGCACGCUGGCGAUGGCGGCCUGCGUCAGCAAGCUCUGGCACCGGACGGCCCAGGACGAGCGGCUCUGGGAGCUGAUCUGCACCCGGCACUGGCCCAACAUCGGCUGCGGCAACCAGCAGCUCAGAUCCGUCGUCCUCGCCCUCGGCGGCUUCAAGCGGCUCCACUCCCUCUACCUGCCCCUCUCCAAGCAGCAGCAGCCCGGCUCGGCCUCGGCCUGGGCGCCGCCGUUGCCGCCGAUGAUGGGGGUGAAGCCGCAGACCAGGUGGGGCAAGGACGAGGUGAAUCUGUUCCUGUCCCUGCUCUCGAUUCGGUGCUACGAGAAGAUGAAUCCCACCAGCAGGGGAAGAUGAUGAAACCUUUUGCAGGAAUCGUAUUAUUGUUCUAAUGAUAAUUAUAACUCUGUACCUUUCUAUUCUAACUCGGGUUAUCGAUUUUCCUCUCUUAUGGGGCUCUUGGGUUUGUUCUUGUCCCUUCUUUUUCCAAUUUAUCACUUGGUUACAUUAGCGUAGGACCUGGGGAUUUCCUUCUGAUUUCUUGUGAAAUAGUAUGUGGGUAUGAUGAUUUUUGUAUUUUCCUUUUUCCUCUGUAAACUUGACUUUGAAUGAAUCAAAUGCUUGUUGACCUCUUCUCAA